UUCGUGAUUUCGAUUGCUCUUGCCUUCUCGCAGAAUCAGCAACCACCAUGAUCACGUCAACGCGUAAAGAGGUUGGUAAACGUUCUUUGAUUUCGAACACCAGAGUACCGGAGGAAGCACUGGAGGCAAACUUGUGGGGCGGAAGCUGGGUGGUGGCAUCUCGGCAACAUUCAUAUCUGGUCCCGAAGGGCCUAGUCCCCCGUAGGCAGUGCAAAAGCUCCCAAGGAAAACAGUUGUUCCAUGUUGGCUCUGUCUCAACAACACGAAGGGCUAGGUUUCGACGGCGAGGUCAAAUUUCGGUAAUGUCUGCGUACUAAUUGCAGUUUGUUCGAGGUGCAAGCAAUCUUCUUGGGACUAAUGCGAACUUUCAUAUCUCCCUCCCCGAACGUCCCAUU